UCUUCCAUUAGGUAAGAGGAGAAAGUCCAUCGUGCACCUCCCAAGUGUCUGUCCAAACCCUGUCUGGAAAAAGUAGGAUUACAGGUCUUGCAAGGAAGAUUUACAAACAAGGGCCUGUUUUAGCCUAAUUGUUAAAUUACCUACCAGGAUAGGAUUCAUUUAUUCGAUUAGGGCUUUUGUGUGGCCAGAUCUGAGUGUGUCUGGGUGUGUGUAUGUGUUUUAAAGGAUGAGUGGGUACCUGCUGGUCCUAUGUCUGGCUUUGCUGCAGCAGGGGGGAAGAGCCAGGGCAGAUCCCCCAGGCUGCAAUAACGCUGAGGCGGUGAGGGUGGCGGAAGAGGCACUGGAGCAGAUCAACCAGGACCGGACAAACGGAUACAUCCUGAGCCUGAACAGACUGUACGACCUCACACAAACUCCUGAUAAGGAGAAAGGUGUGUCACUCUACAAACUGACCAUUGACGUCAUGGAGACCAAAUGCCACAUCACCAGCAGGAAACCAUGGAAACAAUGUGAAGUCAGGGAUAUUGGUGAUGUCCCUGUGUAUGGAGAGUGUGAGGUAUCUGCUACCGUUGACUCUCAAGUCAAACUUCAAAACUACUCCUGUGCAAUUCGUGAAGUUCCCCCCACUGCUGUGGUUAGUGUGUGUCCGGACUGUCCCACAGCGGACAACCUGAACGAGCCCGUUGUCAAGGAGACAGCCAAUCUCUCCCUCCAGAGGUUCAAUGAAGAGAGUAGCCUGGCCAACUAUUUUACACUAGAGAACAUUACAAGAGCUAGUUCACAGUGGGUUGUUGGUCCAGCCUACUUCGUGGAGUUCACCAUCGUGGAGACGGUGUGUUCAAAGAAAACGGAAGCCACUGAAUUAGGUCACUGUCCACCGAUGGACUGUCAGUUUGCACACAGAGGCUUCUGUUUGGGCUCACACUUGGACCAUGAGGAACAGUUCCAAAUCAGACUCCCUGUGGGAAAAAAGGACAGCUCCUUUCAGAACCGAAAGGCUGUCGACGUGACAUGUGAGAUCUACGAACCUCAGGCAGCAGUUGUGGCGGAGAAGGCCCAUGUAAAAUCAGACGGUGUGCACGGAGAGCAUCAGCACGACAACCAUACACACCUGCACCCCCACGAGCACAUGCAAUCAGUCACGACCAGCUCAGACGUCACUGUGUCCAGGCCUCGGGGCUCCCUUGGGACUCUGGUGGAUCAUCCUGCGCCUAUCCGAUCUUCCCCAGCAGCCAGCUCCUGCCCCGGCCCAUACAGACACAAUCUGGGCUUGGACAGACUCAAGCUCUGAUUGGCUGGAACCAGUUGAUCAUUGAUCAGUUUUAAAUCUACAUGUGCCCUGCUUGUUGUAAUUAGUUAAGAAAGCCAUGAAAUUGUGAAUUGUGAAUGAUCCUUGUAAAUAAUAAGAUUUUGUUGAUUCAUCCAUUCAUUUACAUAGUAACAAAUCCACUUAUCACAUAAUAUGGGAACUAGUUAGAAGAUUAUGCAAAUACACGUAUAUCUGAUGAGUGUUCCUUGGUGAUUUUUAAAAAACAACAACUUAUUGGUUGUGUUACUAACCAGAGUGUACAAAGAGACUUUGUAGACAUCUGUCAGUAAACCUCCAUGAAUACCCUUAGAAGCUCAUAAAAAGACAAUGUUUUUUCAAUAGUAAAGUAAUUCAGUGAUAGUUUUAACAGUUCAGUUCAAAUUUCAAUAGUAUUUAAAAUGGAAAAUUGCUAAACUGUUAACAAAAACAUGUGGCAGGUUGUAGCAAGCAGCUUGCAGCAUUAUAUUUCCUGUUUACAUCUCCCGUAGCAUUAUGUGAAACACAGUUCCAAAACCUAAAGCUUGAUUAAAAUCCAAAGUGAAAUAAAUGACAAAAACAUGUAUAUUAACUUAGGUUUUUUGGUUUCAAACCUUUAAAAGUUAAAACUAUAUUAAAUACAAUAGGCUUCCUGACUA